UUUAAAGAGUCUAAAAAAUUUUCCUGCUUACGAUUAGGAACCGCUACAGUAGUCAUAUUGCUAUACCUUGCAUAUUUAUCGUAUUUGAUAUAUGGUAUUGUGACCGAUGUUCCACUUUUACAAGUUGGCCGUGAAUAUUUGAACACUAUACAAGUGCCAGACAUUGAAUUAUGUGGAUAUAUGAGCGAUAUUGAAAUUAGUAAAUGUGUAUUCACGUGGCGAGACUGGACUUCGUCAUCUUUUGAUCUAUGUUAUGACACAAAUAACACAAUGCAGUAUAUUUAUGCUGGACCAAGAGCAGAAGACAGCAGCAGCUAUUGUUAUCUAUUUACAGUGAACCGCACACUUUACUACGCAAUGUCUACUUUUGAUAGUGCCAGCCCUCAUUCUGUGCGUCUUAUCGAUUUUUAUUUUCGAUUUAAAAACUUGACGGGGGCUAUUUCAUCGGUUAUUUCAGUAGCGGCAAUUAGUGCACAACUUUAUGAUCCGGAUUUUGAUCCUUUAUGGGGGAAAGCUGAUGCGGUAACAACAAUUGAUAAAUUCGUAGCGGCUGAAUGGGGUCUUCAAUAUAAUUCAUUUGCAGGAAUACAUAAUUAUUCAACACAAGUAAGAUUUAAAAAAACGACAAUUAGAUCAAUCUUACAAAAUGAUGUCGGUGCUAUUUUCGGAAUGGAGCCAAAUUACCAUAAUACAUCUUAUUUACAUACUACGGCUGCGUAUUAUCCAUUACAUGUAAGUCCUGAUUUCCAAAAUAACGCAACACAUGGACAUUUUGCUCUUAGUGUUGGGAGCUUUGUUAAAGAUUUACAAACUGAAAAAAGAGGUCAUACUAUUCUUGGAGCGCUUGGCGUUGCAGGUGGUGCCUUUGGUGGUAUUUAUGUAAUAUUAUUUGGCCAACCGAGAACGAAACCUUGGGGUUUAAUGCACAAAGUAGCAAAGCGUGAAGUAGCUCGAAAUGCCGACGUAAACAACAUGCCAUUUGUCACUCCCGUAAUCGAUCCUACAUUACCAUAUCAAACGGCCGACCAGCGAGUGUCUCGUAUCGAGAACCGGUUUCAGGAAUUAGAAGUAUUGUUGUCCGAUUAUUUUGUCGACGCUUCGCCGUUAACAAAGCUACGGGUUCGAGCACGCGAGAUGACGGAGACGGAGACGGAGUAG